UGCAGAGCCCGGGAUCCGGAGAAGGUUCUAGCACGUUGUCGGGUUGGCUCCCUCCGCCGCAUCUUUCGGGAAGGGCGGCUGCCCGCCCAGCCCGGCCCUGCUCAUCGGGUGUCGGGGCAGUUGCGGUCGCUCGCCGCGCCCACACUCCUCGCACCUUUGGAGAGUUUUAUUUUGCUUUUCAACAUUCCUCGUGCCAGGUCGCCCUUUCUUCAGAACUCUUUUCUCUUUCUGCAGAGGCCGCCCGACCCUUUGAGCAUUUCCAGCGUUUUCCCUUUUUGCUCUUCCACCUCGGAGAAAGGUCCUUUGGCUCGACUCGAUCACGCUGCCCUUCUGGAAGGGCAAAGCAAUAAGACUGCCUGCUGCCAGAGGCUGGAAGCUUAACUUUCCAGAAUGCCUCACAAAAUUGGAUUUGUUACUAUAAGCUCAUCUGGCCAUGAAGAUGGUUAUAAUUCAAAUGAACUGAUGGUGCAUGCUCCAACAGUUAGUGGCUGGCGGUCUCCAAGGUUCUGCCUCUACCCACAGGAGAUUAUCCUACAAAUGGUGGAGCGUUGUAGGAUUCGCAAACUUCAGUUACUUGCACACCAGUAUUUGAUUUCUACAAAAAUUGAAUUUUACAUCAGUGACAGUCUUCCAGAUCACUUUGGGUUGCAACAUGUGGACACGUUUCGUAGACUUGGAUAUGUUUCCCUGUCAGAUAACCAGAAGACAGGGUUCAAAGCUCGAGAACUUAAGUCUGUCCACGUUGAUGCAGUUGGAAAAUAUCUGAAAUUAACUUUCCACAAAAAUCACGUCAACAGAUAUAACUUGUACAACCAGGUAGCACUGGUGGCUGUAAAUAUCCUUGGAGAACCGAUGGAAUAUAAGGAGAUGUGCAUAACUCCUUCGAAAGAUAAGUUGAUUGAUCGCUAUCUUGGAUGCAGCCCAGAUGAUCCAGCACUUGAUGGAACUUACUUUGGUAAGUCAGAGGUUAUCUCGCCCUUGGAUGAUUUGGCCUUUGAUAUGUACCAAGAUCCUGAGGUGGCCCAAAUAAUACGUAAAUUGGAUGAAGAGAAACAUGAAGCAGUUAAACAUGAGCGCUAUGAUUUUGCAAAGAAACUUAAACAAGCUAUAGCUGAUCUUCAGAAGGUUGGAGAACGUCUGGGCCGUUAUGAGGUGGAAAAGCGAUGCGCCAUAGAGAAAGAGGACUAUGAUCUGGCGAAGCAGAAGAAACUACAAAUGGAUGAUUAUAGAAUGAAAGUUUACAAGCAACUGGAGCUGCACAACCUAUUGGACAUGGGAAUGAUUCGAAAGCUUCCAGAGUUUCCUCUUGAACCAGUGAAUCACCCUAGUAAGCUUCAACAACCAAAGGAUCUGGGAGUAGAAUUUGAACAGGCAUCUGUGAAAGCCCAUCUGGAAGAAGCACAUCAAGCAAAUUCUGAUCUACAAUACCAGACCUCUGUGGUGUCUCCUACACCACUGCAUUCUCCUGCCCCACCUGUCAGGUUACCUUCUCCAAAGGUGGAUGCAAGCUCACUUCCCUAUGAUGAGAGACCCCUGCCAGCUCAACGCAAGCCCUCAGAAUUGUACAGUGUUCCCCAGCUAGACAUUAAUGAGAAUCCUGCUAAAAACAUAGACACUUUGCCUACAUCAGUAUAUGGGAUUACUGGAGAACCAGAGCCACUAACUGAGAAAGCUUUCAGAGAAGCUAGUUUCGCCAUUGAGUUAUUUGGAGAGGCUCUGGUGGCUGGUGCCUAUUCAAAAACUUGGUCGUAUAGGGAAGAUGCUUUGCUGGCUGUUUAUAAAAAGCUUUCCACUGUUUCUGAUGAUCUAACUAAGGACGAGCUAAAGAAUAUGUUACGAGCAGCAAUCUUCCUUGUUCAUAGAGCGAUUAAGGAUAAAGUAUCAUCUGUUUUCCAAGCCUCUCUGAAGUUGCUAAAAAUGCUGAUAACACAGUAUGCUCCUAAACACAAACUUGGCAAAGUGGAAAUUGCACACUGUGUUGAGAAAACAUUACCCAUCCUCCUCAGCAAGACUGGAGAUGCGACAACACACCUUCGAGUGGCUGCAAUGAAUUUCAUACAAGAAAUGGCACUGCUGAAAGAAGUACGGCCACUUCAUAUUAUCCCACCCCAGUUAAUGCAGCCUCUGAAACCACAAGUUCCAGUCCGCUUGGUAAUAAAUCAGAUUGAAUUGGUGGAGCGUUUACUGAAGGAGCUGGGCGCAGACAAUAGUGGCUUCAAUGUAGACAAUGUCAUGAAGUUCGCAGCAGAAGCUUUGGAACACUCAGCAUCGGAAGUCAGAGAUACAGCUAUACGGAUUAUCUUUGACAUGUAUCGACAGCAUAGGAGUGCAAUUUUGCAUUACCUUCCAUCCGAAGAUGCAAAUAUUCGCAAAAAUGUGCUGUACAAAUCACUUUUUGAUGGGUUCGCAAAAAUUGAUGGGAAGCCAACAAAAGCUGAACAGCGAGCACAUAAAAAGGCAGCUGCCGAAGAGGCAGAGAAGCGGAAGAAGGAGGAAAUUCGAGCUCUUCAGGAACAGCUAGCAGCAUUGAGAGAAAUGCAGGCAGAAGUCCAAACUGAAAAGGGGAAAGAUGUUGAAGGCAGCAAACAUUCUAAAUCAGAUCAUGGGACAAAAGUUCCUGCCUUGCAACCAGAGAUAUCAAUUGAACAGUCCACAGUUGCUGAUUACUUGGAUAAUUUGUGCAUAUUCUGUGGGGAGAGGAAUGAAAUGUUUACUGAUGAAGGCUUAGACAUCCAUUACUGGAAGCACUGCCCAAUGUUGAAACGCUGUGAGCAUUGCAAACAAGUAGUAGAAAUAGCCAGUCUCACUGAGCACAGGCUGACUGAGUGUGAGAAGAAAGAUAGCUUUGGGAAGUGUCCUUGUUGUAGUGAGGCAAUAGCAAAAGAGGAUCUCCAGGAACAUCUGAAGAUGAAGAACUGCAAUGCUGCAAAGCCUGAGAAAAUUGCCAAUCACUGUCCACUCUGCCAUGAAAAUUUUCAACCAGGAGAGGAACCUUGGAAACUUCAUCUCAUGGGAAGAGACGGCUGUAAAAUGAAUUCCCGCAGAAUGCAGACAUUACAGAGGACCCAGCAACUCCAAGCAAAACCAGGAACUACAGCUCCUCCUAGGCCAGGACCUACAGGAAUUAAAGGACGUUCUCCAACCACCAGCAGUAAAAUCCCUGCUCCAAGAGCAGGAUUAAACAAAACCACAAGUAGAACUGCAAAUCGUCGUUGAAUUCAGUUUGGAUAAGGGAGGCAGCAAGCCUAAUGAAACCUUGACGUCAUCAAUUCAAAGCAUCUGGGUUUGCGUUGCCGUUUGUGAAAGCACACAGGGCUGUAAAAUCACAAUAUAAUUAACAAGACUGUUAGCAUGAAGGUAAAGAACUCCUGACCUCUUGGAGUCAUUUUGAAGUUCUGACAAAAACCUACUCAGGCAGCACUUAAUUCUUUAAAGAUCUCCGCUGGUACCAAGGAAAAAAUGGAGUUCAAUAGAUUUAUUUUGUAGCAGACACAUGCCUAGGAACCAGAAGCAGAACACUUGGAAAGGAAGUAAUCUACUGAAUCCUGUUUUAACAGAGCUACUUCAUUGUACAAUUUAAACUUUUUGUUUGCUUCUUUUGACUCACCAGUCUUGGCUGAGAAUGCAAUUACACAGCUGUGGAGUAAUCAUUUGUAGGUGUCCUUAGAGUACAUUCUUUUUGGGAAAAUAAUAUAUAUGCAGUCAUUCCUUUAAAUUUUGUGCUUGGUUGAACAGACGGCCAGAGCAACAAUUGAAUUUGCAGAAUGCACAUAGUUUGUAUGAAGGAAUGGAUCUGGUCCUUUGGCAUUUUCAAUAAAAAUGCCUAUGUUUGUACUUACAUCUAAAGUGAGAUCCAUAAAGUGGGCAUCAAAACCCAUCCUGCCCAAAGCCUUAAAAAUCAGCUGGUGGUUGAUGGUCAGAUGCUCUGGCUAAAUCUAUCUGUCUGUCUGUCUGUCUAUCUAUCUAUCUAUCUAUCUAUUUUUUAAAAAGCACUGCCAGAUCCUGUAAUUACCCAUAGCCCACAUAAUUAAAUUAUUUUAAAUGGCCAUUUUUUGGAUACGUCAAUGAGUGGCCACAGCAAAUCCUUUCUGAUGACUAUAAGGGUUUCAUAUUAGCUAAAUGUUUGGUUAAGAUUUUGAUAACUGUCCUCAAUAGUAUUGACCUGAUGAUGAUGGAUCACUAAUUCUAAAUGAUUUUUAAUUUAUUGUCAUCUUCAGACUUGGGAAUAAGAACUGUCCAAGUGUUCCUUAUAUUAGAUGGAAUUUUGCCACGUUUUAUUCAAGAGGAAUUCAUUCUGGUUAAAAUAUUGAUGUCUAAUUUGUGAAUUCCAUUUCAGAUUAAGGCAUUCUGACCAGCCACAGUGUCCCUUUUAACACUGCCAAUAAUAUUUAAAAUCUCAGUUGUGCUAAAUUCACGUAAAGGGUUUAAACCCUUAUUAGCCUGUUUGAAAGUAAAAUUUUUAUACAAUCACCAAAGAGGCAUUGAAUCAAACUUAUCAUGAUAAGGAAAAUCAUUCAUUAUUUUGAGGCUGGACUGAAAGCGAGUACUCUCAUUUACUGUAAACAUUCUCCAUGAAGUUGUAGUAAAAUUUUUAUGCAGUAAAUCUGCAGCAAAUAUUUCUACGACCUUUACAUGGGGAUUUCAGUCUGGAAGAGAUUGAGAAAAGCUAGGCAACAGGACUCUUAUUGCAGCUUUUUCAUGAAUCUCUGGUGUACAGGUCUGAUUAUGAAUAGGUUCAUUCACAGUCAAGUGACUUAACUUUGCUUAUGUAAACUCUUGACAGGGAAAACAUUGAUGUUAAAACAUUCAUGAUGGGAUCCAUGAAAUAAAAUAAAAGACAGUAUUUCUAGUUUCAUGCAUUGAUGUUAAAUAAUUACCUGGGUGGAGCACAUAAUGAAACGUCAAUUGAAAACAGAUGCACUUUUAAAAUUCACCUGAUUUUUGAUCUACUUAACUUUGGACAUUUAGUGAAAUACUGGAAUGUGUGCAAAAAAGAAAUUGCAAACAAAUCCCGGUUGAAAUCUUUAAUGCCUCGGUGUCUUCAUCUGCAAUGCGCAUUUUGUCUUUUAAAGAUGUUAAAUGCCCCCCAUUCCUUCCUGGGUUGUGCUGAAUGCAGUGUUUAUGCAAAAAGUACUUUCUUUUCAUCCUGUGCUAUCUGAGGUGUUUGUUCCGAUCAAAAGCAAGAUUCAGUCCUACAAUAUCAAAGUAAUAGAAAAGUAUUAUAUUAAAUGUUAGAAGCACAGUGAAAAUUUUCAAUACUUCACCUUGAAUCACUGGAGCUAGGUUAACUAUCUGACUAGUUUUGUUACAAUUUAAAAUGACUCAAAAUUGCUGUGCACAUGACAGGCAUUUUUGAUCAAACUUUGCUAAGAGUGGUAAUAGAAGAUUUUCAUUCCUGCUGCUCAUGUUGACUGUUGCAGUCCUGUGAAGCCUUAUUUUGGUGAUUAACAACAAAAUUGCCAAAACAGUCUUCAGCAUAUGACAGUAAUUCAAAGUUUUUAUAUAAUCUGAUUUAAUCUUCUUUGCUUCAGAUUCAUGGUUUCAGAGUGUUUAACACAACUGAGUAAAGUUGGGUUUGAGCUUUUUAAAUGAAUGAUGUGUUAUUAAUGAUUAAUCACAAUGGUUCAGUAAUUAGAGAUGAAAUCUACUUAGUCCAGAUUCUACUACUGUGUUUAGCUUAAAUCAAAUAUUUAUUGUAUAUUUUUUGCUGAUUUGUACGUAUCUUUGUCAGAUGUUUUGUAUUUAUUACACUUUCCUGUAACAUUUAAUCUGUUUUCAUUAAUUCAUUUUGGAUUUUACGCAAUCUUUUAAAUAGUUUCCAUGAGCCUAUACAUUCAGCUUUCCUAAAUGUACUGUGCAGCACUAUAUGCAUUGGGAACAGAUCCUUUCCCUUUAUUCCUUCCCAUCCCCACUUGAAAAGUUUUUGGUUGAUAGUCACUGUUCCAGUAAUAACUUUUCAUACUGUCCCUGUAUAGCAGGUAGUUUUCAAACGAAAGCAUAAAAUGAAACAAAUCCCAAUCUUAUCUUUUUGUGUACAUCCUUCCAGAAAUGAGUCCCUGCCAAUUCUUGGAGCUAAUUGCUUAACUGAUUUAUCACUCUUAUGAAAGAAAGGUGAGGCCCAUUGUAGGAUUUCUGGUUCACAAGUAUUAUUGCUUUCAUAGAACAUAAGCAUCUUGCUUAUGGAUAAACUGGCUGUGCUGAUCAGUAUGAGAACUAGACAAUUUCCAGGCCUAUAUUCAUAAGCAGGCCUCAGAAGAAAAACAAAGCAUAUACUCUUCACUUUUUAAUGUUUAAAGAAAAUUACAGAUCACUCAAGGAACUGGCUAUUUUUGAAAAGAAAAGCCUGUGAGAAUACUGAGAAGCUUAACGCCCAUUUCCUGUACUGCCUUGCGAAUGUUCAAUUAAACUAAACUAUAUCCAGCAAGGCAAAGGAAAGAGAAAGAUUUGCACUUUAGUUGUUCAAAAUACUUUGAAAUGUAUUUCUGUCUGUUUGAGUCAUAAUGGUAAUGACUCCCAAUCUCUGAGUAAGUUUUGCAUGAAUAAUUUCCUUCCCCAUUAAUGCUGAAUUUCUUCCAGAUCCACUAAUCAGGAAUAUUAUCAAACUAUAUUUAACAGUUCUAAAGCAAAAAAUUAGAGUAGGUCUUCAACAUGAAACAUGAACCCUGUUUCUCUUUCUGUGUUACUGCUUAAUCUGAUGGUUUCCAGUGUUUUGUUUUUUAAAUUAAUUCAGAUUAAUUAAGGCAGAUGGCAAAAUCAAGGAACUUCAUGAAGGAUACUUGCAGAGGGUUAUAGGACUAGAGAUUAUGCAGAUAUGGAGAGGUACUAGAUGAUAGUAUUUUGAAAAGCAUGAGAAUUGGAAAACCAAGGGCAGGAUUUAAUUUGAAUCCAGAAUAAACCCAUUAACACAUACUUCAUGGACGGAUGCAACCUGAUGCAAAAUAGCACAUAAGCAAAGGUUUUCAAUGAUCUCAAGCAUAGAGGAUUGGAUGGCAGCUAGGAAGUAAUUGGAAUUGUUGACUUUUAGAAUAAUAAAGGCUUGAAUGAGUUGAAAUGGGGCAGAUUUGGGCAAUGUCAGAUGGAAAUAUGUAAUAUUGAUGAAUUUAUAGUCUGAAAUUCAUUUUUGUGCCAAGAUUAUAGCUGGUUUCCAGCAGUUACCAAGGAGAGAAAUGGAGUUUGUUUUUAAUAUGAUUGUAUUAGUUUUAUAGCUGUAUGAUUGCAAAACAUAAUACUCAGUAAAACAAAAUUACAUUUUUUUCUGAAAAAAAGGCACUCCGCGGGAAGUUUAAUAGUCAUAGUCAUACUUUAUUGAUCCUGAGGGAAAUUGGUUUUCGUUAUAGUUGCACCAUAAAUAAUUAAAUAGUAAUAUGUAAAUUAUACCAGGAAAUAAAUCCAGGACCAGCAUAUUGGCUCAGGGUAUCUGACCCUCCAAGGGAGGAGUUGUAAAGUUUGAUGGCCACAGGCAGGAAUGACUUCCUAUGACGCUCUGUUGUUCUUCCCAUGAUCAAUGCAGUGCACCUUACAGCUUCCUGUCAUCAGAUACAUCCCAAUUAAAUGCAAUUUCAGCUGCAGAAAACUAUCUACCAAUCAGAAGAGCAAGAUGCACAACCUAAGACAUUCUCCAUUCAGAAACCAUUUUGUGAAUACUCUGGACUUCUAAGAGUCUUAAGAAGCAGCAUAAAACUCACUGCUUGCUUGUUCUCCAAAAUGUUCAUGCUGUGCUUGAAACUAAUUGCUAAUGCUUUUUACUAAAUACAUGGAUAAGAAAGGUUUGGGGAGAUACUGCCCAAUUCUUGGCAAAUGGGAGUAGCUCUGGUAGGCGUGGAUAGGUUGGGCCAAAUACUAGAAAUGUCACUACCUGUUUCCCAUGCUGUAAUUCUCUGUGAACUACUAAGUGAAUAAUGUAUGCCUCUGAUUAGACCACUAGAGGCAUUUCUUAAACAGGAAUUUAAGGCUGUUGAUCACAUUCAAAAGGAGUUUUGGAUGCCUGGGAGAGGAAUCAAGUGUAUGUGGCAAAAAUGCCGUGUUUACAAGCUCAAUGGUUCCAUUUAUUAGAGAAUGUAUACAGUAUACCACCUGAAAUUCUUGCUCUUCACAGAUAUCCAUGAAACAGAAGGGAACCUCAAAGGAUGAAAGAUAAAAAUGUUAGAAUCCCAAAGCCCCUUCCCCCUCCCAUGCACAAGCAGCAGCAAAGGAUCAACCCUCCCCCCACUUGUUGCAGCAGCAAGCAUUAACACCCACCUCUUCCACAGUGAGAGGAGAGACCAACAAACAGCUCGCUGUUAUGAUGUUACAGUCUGCAGCGUUGUUUUUAUUCUAAGUUCCUCUGACUUGAGAAUUGGCAGCAAACUCCACCCUCCUCCCCUACCAUCAAGAGAGAAAGUGAUUGCCCCAAGUGCCAAGGCUUGCGGAUGCCACGCCUGCUGUCCCAAUGUUCCUAUCUCCCAAAAUGCCUCAGCUGCCGACACCAGUGAGGAAUUGAAUACACAAGGCUGCACCCUGUAGAUGGGUGUCUUCCUGGCCGCUCCUGGAGAUAUUGAAAGUGGCCUGUUGGCAAAUUCCAGGAAUAAGAACCCACUGCCGUGAAGAAUGGCAAUUAGAAUGCAGCUAUAGAUCAUGGACUCCAAUUGAAACCCAGCCACCUUGAAAAGGAGAAAAGAGAUAUCAAAGAGAGGAAUUAAAGCUGUUUUGUUGAUGAGCUAGAAGAAAUCACCUCCCUGCCGCCAUUUUAGCUUCACCAACCAUAUACUAGUCAAUCCCAUCUUAAUCUCUGAGGAACAAGGUCUGAAGUGUUGGGUUUCCAAGUGUUGUAAUUGAGAUAAUGAGAGUAAUCACCAGAUAUGGACAGCCAUUGUUAUAUAGGUCAAGAAUCUAGAAACUUCCACUACUUACUGUAAGGAUCAUUAUAGGUGGCAAAUUUUCUGCGGUGUUAGAAAUAUCAUUGGAACUGAGCAACCAUGUAUCUUGAUUUCUAAGGAAGUGACCUUGUGUGUCAUGGAGAUUUGGCAGCAAAAUUCAGGCAGUUCAGAUUCCCAUCAAAAAUUCUCAAUCCCUUUGUUUUUAUUUACUCAACAUUCAAGAUGCACUUGAUUAUUACAAAACUUUUCUCAUGGUCUGUGUCCAUGACCAUGGUCCAUGUUUCCUGGAGGGUCAAGUAACUCUUCUUAAUUGAACUAAACUGGAUACUAGUGGACUCCUGGUUUGAUUGCUAUUCUAUGUGUUGUCCACUUGCUUUAUGCCAUUUGCACAAUACAUUGUUUUUUUGCGUGUUGGAUGAAGUUUUUUUGAGCUAGUUGCAAGGUGUUUCUUUGCUUUGUGGCUGUCUGUGAGAGGACGAAUCUCAGAGCUGUGUUCUAUAUGCAUACUUUGAUAAUAAAUGUAUUUUGAGUCAUUCUUCCGGUUGAGCUCACUGAGGGAGGAAGGAGAAGAAAAACUGCUGUAAGUCAAUAUUCAUUGACAUAAUUACAUGGCUGGCAUGGAAUUAAUUAUAAUGUAGUG